GACUUUGAUAAUAGCAAAACGCAGCCAUCUUCUUCAACCACACACGCACUCCAACCUUAAACUUACUGACAUCCUGCAACUCUCUCUAUCUCAAUGACUAUUACUUGUGUUCAGUUUCAUUGCAAAGUUCCCAACUUUGUUAUCCCUCCACAUUUUCUGGGUUCCUCUUCUUUCUUGCAAAGUCCCCAACCGAACCCACCACUAAGAAACAGAAACCCCAAGAGUUACACACAGAGAAGUGGAGACAUAAGAGGUGGGAUUGUCUGUGGGGUGAUGUUUCCAGUUGACCCAUGGGCACCCAACAUUGAUUCACAGAGCAUAGCUUCACAGCUGUUUGCUGCUUCUUUGUUUCCGUAUCUUGGUUUCUUGUACUUCCUCACCAAGUCCAAGACUGCCCCAAAGCUCACCCUUUUUGGGUUUUACUUCUUGCUAGCCUUUGUUGGGGCAACCAUCCCUGCAGGAAUUUAUGCAAAGGUGAACUACAGCACUUCCUUGGCGAAUGUUGAUUGGUUACAUGGUGGGGCUGAGUCGCUUCUCACUCUAACCAACAUAUUCAUUGUGUUGGGGUUGAGAGAAGCUCUGAGGGAAGCUAAAGCAAAAGAAGGAACGUCAGAUCCUAUUCCAGGGUUGAAAGAGGAAAAGAAAACUUCAAUUUAGGUGCACGAGAUAUAUUUUGCUUUUGUGUUCAUUCCUAUUGCGUUUAAAUUCUCUAGUUAGCUUUCAGCCAAUCAGCCUUAUACUCUUUCUCUUCUGCUUUACAACAAGCCACUAAAUGUAUAUGCCUUGUAUCUAUGCAGUCUGUUUUAUGAUGUUCUCCUGAGAAACCAUAAUCUCUCAUUCAACAUAUAUAAAGUGACAACCUUUUCGUU